AUGCUGAGCAGGAGCCUGAAGGCGAGGCUAUGCUCAAGAUGCCUUGGACCCUCGUUGCGCACGGCAGCUAGGCCCGCUGCUCUGUCCCUACCUCUCACCAUCCGGUGUCAAUCUUCAUCGUCCACAGCUGCCGGAACUGGGGCUGACCUCUCGCCUAUUCUCCUGCGACGGGCUCGGGCCAUCGCCGCAGAACACCAGCACCUGUCGACCGCCAACGCAGAGAACUACGACGUCGCAGUCGCGAAGAAGAUCGGCGAGCUCAGCCCCGUGGUGGCCGCCUUGAAGGAAUGGGAGGAUGCUCAGAGUUCCCUCGCCGAGCUGGAAACCAUGCUCACCGACCCGUCCUCGGACGCGGAACUCCGCACGCUCGCGUCGCAGGACAUCGAAGCCACGACGUCGCAACUCCCCACUCUCUCGUCCCGGCUCAAGAACAGCCUGAUCCCGCCGCACCCGUUCGCCGCCCUUGCCUGCAUGAUCGAGAUCCACCCGGGCGCCGGCGGCAGCGAGGCCUCGCUGUUCGCCCAGUCGCUCCUGAACAUGUACACGGACCUGUGCGCGCGGAAGCGCUGGCCGACCACGCUGGCCGGCUACACUCCCGACGACAGCACGCACGACGCGGGCCUCACGGACGCGCUGCUCGAGGUCCACCAGCCGGGCGCGUACGACGUGCUCCGCACCGAGGCCGGCGUGCACCGCGUACAGCGCGUGCCCGCGACGGAGAAAAAGGGCCGCACGCACACGUCGGCCGUGUCCGUCAUGGUGCUGCCCAGCCUGCCGGACUCGUCGUCGGGAGCGGCCGACGCCGAGCUCGACUACGAGAACCCGGACUCGGACUACUACGUCAACCCGGCCGACGUGAAAUCGCAGGCCAUGCGCGCCAGCGGCGCCGGCGGCCAGCACGUCAACAAGACCGAGAGCGCCAUCCGGCUGACGCACCUGCCGACCAACACGGUCGUCGCCGUGCAGGAGGAGCGCUCGCAGCACAAGAACCGCGAAAAGGCGUGGCGGCUGCUGCGUGCAAAGAUCGCCCAGAUGCGCCGCGAGGCCCGCGAGGAGGAAAUCGUCCGCAUCCGCCGGAGUGCCAUGGGGGGCGUCGCGCGGACGGGCCGCGAGGACAAGAUCCGCACCUACAAUUACAGUCAGCGGCGGGUGACGGACCAUCGGAGCGGCAUGGACAGCAGUGACCUGGAGGGCAUCUUGGGCGGCGGCGAAGGUCUCGAGGAUCUCAUGGACAGCGUGAGAGAAUGGAUGGCCGAGGAAGAAGUCAAGGGCUUGAUCGCCGAGGAGGAACUGAGGCAGAGAGAGCAGUCAAAGUGA